UUGGUUAAGUGCAACGUAACCUGAAGUACAUUUUCGAUGCGGUUUUAUUGUUUUAAAAAAUAAAUAUAAGUACUUACAAUGGACGUAGAUUUAACUGACGAAGAUUAUGUCAUCCAACGAGCGAAAGCUGCCCUGAAAAGCAACCCUUUAUCAGCAAAAGCAUGGAUGAUCACUGCUAAAACUCUUUAUCCAAAUAAUUUUGGAGUACAGUUCGAAGCAUAUUGCAUUGAGAAAAAUGCAGGGCAUGUUAAAGAAGCUGCCAAGUGUUUUAGUGAUUUAAUUGGAAAAUUUCAACAACAGCCUGAAUUGUGGAAAGAAAUUGAAAAUGUUACUUUAGCUUUAAGAGCGGAGAGCGAUACUAAUGAUCCAGAAAAACAGUUCCUGUGUGAAAUGUUCAAACAUAUUUCUCCAGAUGUUCAGCACAAGUUACUAUUAUGUACAGCAGACCAUUGUGAAGACACAAUGGAACAUUGUCGUUUACUUUUACUGCUUUUACAGAGGUUUCCCACUGCAAUAUCAAGUUACGGGUCUCGACUAGUUGACACUCUCAUCAGUGCAGAGAAACACAGUCAUGAUGGAAACUUCCCCCUAAAUGCAUACAGAAAAUUGCUAGUUUGUGAACUGCUGCCACUUUUAGCAACUGAAAAUGCUAAAGUGGACUUAUCAUCUAAAUUGUUGCAAAAAUUGCUAUAUAAAGCUGUCGAAUUUUAUUCUUGUUCACUAGGUCUCACACCUGGUGUAUCACCAGAUCCAGAAUCUAAAGUUGAAGAUCCAUGGCAAAAAUUAUUUGCUGUUAUCGAAUUUAUUGGGAAGCAAUUAGAGUGGGAACAUUAUUUAGUCAAUUUUGGCAGUAACUGGACAAAAGAGAGUUACUGGCAAAAAAUUGUCACUUACUGCCAAGCUAGAAUAAAUAAUCUUGAUGAUAAGCAAUUGCUAUUCUGUUCUUCUAUUUUCUUUCUUCAUUGUUUGCAUGAGUAUUCAGUGAGCCUCACUCCCGAAUCAAGCCCAGGACAACAGCAAAAUACUUUUGUUUUAGUAGAAGCUUUUGUCGAUUCUAGUUUACCAAAUCCUGCUACUGAACCCAAAAGUAAGAAGCGGAAAAGCGACGAUUAUUUAUAUCCAUAUAUAUCAGUGGAAAAGCCAGAAUUGAAAAAUAUUCACAGCAACUUCCUUAUGGUUGUGAAUUGUUGGGACCUGUUUCAGUCUUCUGAGCAUUUUCAGAGAGAAUUUUUCAUGUUGAACAGUUUUUUGAAAUUGGAAUCAUGUUUUACAAAUUUUCUAAUUGAUUAUGCUAUUUAUAAAGGAAAAUAUGAUGAUGCUUUGGUUUAUCUACAGAAAAUCAGUGACAGCAAUAUGCUUUUAAAUAAAUACAUAAACAUUGCGGGAAUUCUAUAUUUCAAAAAAAAUUACAAAUCAUGUUUCGAACAUAUCUUACUUGCAAUUCCGUUAUUACCAAGUGGUAUUGUUGGUAGUUUAAGUAGUGCCUUAAGUGUGGGCGGCAAUCAACGACAUUUACAUUAUUUACCUUUAACAUAUACAGCUAUUCUUCAGUACUUUGUUAAAUUGCUGUUAAGAUGUACAAAGGAAAAUAUGGCCAAGCAUAACUACAGUGAAUUAGCCAUAGGUCAUAUUUUAACAUUGGUACAAUUAGAUUGGCCACAAGAAGAAGAAUUUGUACCUCCUUUGAUGAACCAAAUUCAACAACACGGAUCGUUCAAUUACAUAUUAUUCCAAAACUACAUAAUUAAUGUUGACAUACUGGAAGAAAUAACGUACUUGUGGACAAAUCAAGGUGGGCAGAUUACUUUAGACAUUAUUCCUCACAUGGGACAAAGGAGAAUAGGAACUAGAGGAGCAGAUAAAGGUGCCAAAGAAGAAAUAAAGCAAAUUAUUAGGCGUCAGGUAGCCAGAAGUAAUGAGAAUAUUAGCGAACUGCUGAUAAGAUUCAUCACGCAUGAAAGGGAGUUAAUUUUUCAGAGUUUAAUGUAAUACUUGUCAACUUUGUAAUUCACAAUUUGAAAUUUUCUUGAAUAUAAUAAAUCAUUUUUUAAA